AUGCUCAACUCAGCACUCAACUCAGCCAUGCUGAACAAAGCAACCUUGGAUGAUCAAAAUGGUCAUUUCAACUUCGAACUCGAAUGGACCAGGAGGCACCGGGCCCGAGUCCGGAUGCUCAAAUUUCCCACCAAGCCGUCCGGAAGUGGAUCGCCGCGAUUUAAUGCCACCACGUCUGUUGAAAAAGGAAAACCGUUCUCACCUCCUCCUCCUACUACUACUACUACUACUACUACUUGUUCAAAACUACGACGAAGCCUCCCAGCUUCAAAUGCUUCAGGGUGUACCUGA